AUGUAUGGUCCUCAUCCCCAACCUCCACCCUCUGAAUGGAGUUUGGAAGACUUCUUGAAGCACCAACCCGCCAAGUUUGAUGGCAAGACGAGUCCCGACCAGGCGGACCAGUGGAUGAAAGAUAUGGAGCGCACCUUUGAUGCCAAGAGGUGCCCCGAUGAGAGCAGGCUUGCUUUCACGGUCUACAUCCUCACUAGAGAGGCUGAGCAUUGGUGGGCCAGUAUAAGGUUAGUGAUGGAAGAGAAGCAUGAGGAUGUCACAUGGGAAGCCUUUAAGAGAAGGUUUCUUUCAGAGUACUUCCCGGACAGCGUGAGAUACGCAAAGGAGGUGGAGUUCCUCCAGCUGACACAGGGGAGUAAGUCAGUGGCUGAGUACACCGAGAGGUUCAAACAUCUGGGGCGUUUCUACACCAUGCCGCUCGAUGAGGAGUGGCAUUACAGGAAGUUUGAGAAUGGUCUCCGAGGAGACAUUCGGUUGAUGGUAGCCCCGCUGUCCAUCAAAGACUUUGCGGCCUUGGUGGAAAAGGCCAGGGUCAUGGAGCGAAUGAAGGUAGAGGUGGAAGCCCAGCAACAGCCACUGUAG